AUGAGUACUGUUCAAGAUUCAGUGACUCGAAUGGAUACCUUUCUUUACGAAUUAUAUGAAGCAGCAAAAUAUAGACACCCAAAUAUAGAACCAUAUUUUUGGGGACCAGGUUAUAAAGGGUAUUAUCAGCCAGAUACAAUGUCAUCUAAUAUCAAUCGAGUCUUUGGUUGUGGUUAUUUUUCGAUCGUUUUUUUACAUUCAGGUUCACCUGAAAUUCAAGAUGAAUUUGAUCAAGCUACUCAUUCUUUAAGUUGUGGUACCCUUUUGUUUGUUAAAGCAGGUGAUUGUAAUAACAAUCAAUGUCUUUGGGAAGCCAAUCUUUUACAUGCUAAUGUGACUAUGGUCAGGUAUGCUCAUGAAGCUCUUGAAAUGUAUUCGGUGGAAAGGAUACUAGAAAUGAAGAAAUUCAAGUAUAACGAUCGAAAAGAUCUUGCUUUUCAAUUAAUAGCUCAUGUACCAGACACAGCCAACGAAUGGGAUUUCUUUCCAGUCGAUCGUUGGGAGGAAAAAACCACGAAUGCAAUGCUGAUUGGGAAAGUAGAUGCAGGAUAUUAUCCUAUAAGAUUAACUAUCAAUGAAGCUAUCAAACACCACCAAACAUUCAUAACCAAACUAAUCUCACCACCUCCAUUUGUUAAACCCUUCAAUCAUUUUAUAAAAUCAAGACCUAAAACAUUAAAUUGGAAUUCAUCUAGACAUUCAUAUCAAAGAGAGAUUUUAAGAUCGUUUGCUCAUUCGAUUCGUUCUACAAAGAUAUGUAUCUUUGAUGGUUCAAUUGAAGAAAAAGCCAUCAGGAAAUUUGCCCAAGUGAUGCUUUCUGGAUGUGUGAUUGCUAGUAAUUUGGUAACUGAACAUGAUUCAUUUUUGAAAGGAAAUAUAAUCCAAUUAGGACUUUAUGAUUCAAUAGAAGUAAUCAAUGAGAAAAUUCACAACGCAUUACAAAAUGAGACUGAAUUACAAAGAAAAGCCAGUAAUUGUUUAUCAUAUGCUCGAAAACAAUUAACAGGAUUAAAAGAACUAGACAUUAUCAUCAAUUUAUCAAACCGGUAUAGAUCAGGUCAAAGAGGGUAUAUUUUCCCUUACGGUUUUACAUCCAAAUGUAGACGAUAUCAUCAAUCAGAUACAGAUCGAUUUUUUAAAUCAAAAGAGAUCCAAUUUGUACCUCCUUGGUGUAGAAUUGAUGAAAGGUUAAAGGGGUUUGGUAAUCCUAUUCCGGGUUGGAUUCAACCAGGUGAAUAUCAUUGGAAUGGUCCUACUCCUCCUUAA